AUUGUUACAUUUCUAACUAUUUGGGAAUUGAAUUAAACCAAAAGCGGUGGAAAUAAACAGAGAAUCUUUAAGCAUGAUGCCGCGUCAACUUUGGGGCCAAUUCAAAGAAACCUCCUCCAAGGAGAAUGAAUCUGACAAAAUGGUUCCAGUGGCGGCAAAACGAACAAAGCUCGAAGAAAUGCAAGACAGAUUGCCUUCAACUAUUACCAAGAAUGUCGAACUGAAAGUGAAAAAUCCCUUAGUAACGCAAACUAUCGAAGUAAUGAAGCAGACGGAAAUGUUACAAUCACUAAUUGAUACAUAUUCCAACAAAUCGGGCACAUCCAAUUACUUGCUUAAUCCUUGCCAAAUGAUACCUGAGGUGGAUUUCCCUCCCGAGAAUGCCGUUGAUUUUAUAAAUGAUGACAAAUUCGCCAAACCGAUAUGGUUCAUACCACCAAUUGAAACACAGUUUGCUCGAGGAGUUCCACAUGCAUAUCCACAAAUAAAUCCCAAAAUAUGCCUCGCUGCCCUGCGAAAGGCAGUUUGUGGGCAACUACGCGUCUGUGGAUUUACAGAUAUAUCGGAGUCAGCGCUGGUGCUGUUUGCCGAUGCAGCACAGGAAUUUAUGCGUAACUUUAUGCAGAAAAUUCGGGAAGUACAUGCCAAUAAUCCACAGCUGGAAAUUCAAAAUGAGGUCGAAGUAAAGAGCCUCGAGAAAGCUUACUACUCGCUCACCAAUGCAUCAUUGACUCAAGUUCAUAAUUAUUUUAAGCACCAGCUAGUGGCUCGUAACCGAAGCGAAAUAGCAGAAUUUAAUGGUGUGCUGCAGGAAUAUGAUAAAUUAAUGAAGGAGAGUCAAAGUAUGCAAAAGGAAGAAUUCCAAGAAGGUGAUUUUUUGAAUAUACUGGAGAUGCCAGCAUCCAAUGAGCAAAAUGUCGGUGUUUUGAGUGCCGGCAUGCAAGAUCUGCCGAGUACAGGCUCUGGCAGCUCCCAAAGCGGUGCCGGCAUGUUAAGUAUGCUUGAGGGACAGUCUCACAUGACUGUACAACAUGCGGGGAUAUAUAAAGAUGCUUUUCGUGCUAAAGAAUGUACCACGAUAGGACAGAACAAUAGUUCAAAUAUUAAUACAUAUGCAACAGAAUCUUUUUUGAAUUAAAUGCUCAGAAUUUAAACCAAACUUA